GUCGGGAGUAGAGCCUACCACAUUAUCAAAGCAUGUAACUGAAGAAUGGCAGCACGACUGCCCGCCGUGUUCUUUCUACCCUUAAGAAGCAAUGAAUAACUCUUCUAAAUUAUGCCGGAAGACUUCUUUUCCAAGAGGCAAUAUAUUCUGCAACCUCAUUGACAAGAUAGUUAAGAGGCCCUCUCUGCAGUUUCUGGGGCAGUGGGGAUACCACUGUUAUGAACCCAGGAUUUACAGAACACUGGCAAAAAUUCUGAGGUAUGUUGACUUGGAUGGCUUUGACAUACUCCUCACUGACUAUAUUGCCUUUGUGGAAAAGUCAGGCCACCGUUUUGAACUCAAUUUUAACCUCGAGUUUACUGAAAUAUGCGUGAACACCAUUCUGUACUGGGUUUUCGCCAGAAAAGGUAAUCCUGACUUUGUGGAACUGCUUCUCAAGAAGACGAAGGACUAUGUCCAAGACAGAAGCUGCAGCCUGGCGCUGAUAUGGAGAACCUUCACACCUGUGUACUGCCCCAGCCCCCUGAGUGGGAUCACACCUCUACUCUAUGUGGCUCAGACACGACAGUCAAAUAUCCUAAAAAUUCUCCUGCAGUAUGGAAUCCUAGAAAGAGAAAAAAACCCUAUCAACAUCGUUCUGACAAUACUGCUGUACCCCUCGAGAGUAAGAAUAAUGGUUGAUCACGAGCUGAUUGACAUUCAAGAAGAUGCCAAGACAUGCUUGACGCUAUGUUCCAGAGUGCUUUCUGCAAUCUCAGUCAGGGAGAUAGAGACACAGCUGAGUUUAGGAAGACGCCCAAUUAUUCAAAAUUGGUUGGACUACAUCCCUCCAACAAGAUAUAAAGAUCCAUGUGAACUUGUCCACCUUUGCAGAAUAACCAUCAGGACCCAACUGCUGGCCAACAAUAUGCUCCCAAAUGGAAUAUUUUCGCUUCUAAUUCCUACUCGUCUACAAAACUUCCUGAAUUUAGAAAGCUAACAUGCAUCUUUUAUGCUGUUCCUUAGGAUAGUAGCACUAUACAAAUUAGAAGUUAAUAAACUGUUAACUUCACAC